AUGUGCUCGUGUAAAAGAGGGAGAAUUGUUGCUGAGGGUCAGACCUCUCCAAAUCAGAGAGACUACCCAUGUUCAGGGAUGUUGGGGAUGGUGUCUGGCCAGAUCGCAGAUGCUCAGAUAAGCGCCUCUUCCUACGCUGACCGGGGCUGGGUGGCCGAGAACGCCCGCUUAUUGACGGGAAGGUCGGGCUGGACCGGACAGUCGACAAAGCAGCCUUUCAAAAAUGAGUGGCUACAGGUGGAUCUGGGCCAGGACAAGAUGGUGACCGGUGUGGUGAUCCAAGGAGGAAAACAUCGUGACAGGAACGUCUUCAUGAAGAGGUUUAAGGUGGGCCACAGCAUGGACGGAGAGGAGUGGACCAUGGUAAAGGAGGACAACACCACCAGGGUCAAGGUAUUUUUUGGAAAUCAGAACCAUGACACCCCAGAGCUGAGAUCAAUGGGUCCGCUUCUUACCCGCUUCAUCAGAAUCUACCCAGAGAGAGCCACUACUGAGGGCGUGGGCCUCCGCCUAGAGCUGCUGGGCUGUGAACUGGAGGAAAUAACAACUACAGCACUUCCAACCACCCCGCUUGCAUCUACCCCUCCCAUGACCACGUUUGGUGCGACCAUCACAGCACCAAUCACCGUCCCUGGCACGACACCAAUUAUAGAGUGUGAAGAAGGACGAGCGGACUGCAUCGGUGAAACAGAGACGCCUGAUUACGAUGACCCAAUGGCAGGAGGCACCCUGUCCACCAACCCCAUUGUGGAGUUCAUGCCAGCUUAUUUAUGGUUUGCCUGUAACUUUGACUUCUCGUCAUUCUGCGGCUGGACCAGAGAGACCGGUACAGGGGCCGAGUGGAUCAUCCAGGCCAAUGGGGCUCCUGGCGUCCACAGAGGACCAACCACUGACCACACAGGCCAACCUGGGAACUUCAUCUACAUGCAGCUGACUGACUCAGACACGCUGAGUAAAACUGGUGAAGAUCAGGACAAAGAAGAGAAGGUGGCGAGGUUGGCCAGCCUGCCCAUCACCUCACCAGACUCGGACCUGUGCAUGUCAUUCUGGUACCACAUGUUUGGUGAACAUGCAGGAGCGCUUCACAUCAAACACAGGAAGGAGGCAGAGGAGGGGCAGAUCCUGUGGACGCUCAGUGGCCAUCAGGGCAGUCGGUGGAGGGAGGGACGGGUUAUACUGCCACACUCAAGCACCUCCUAUCAGGUGGUGGUGGAAGGUGUCGCAGACCGACGCAGCUUAGGCCACAUAGCUGUGGACAACAUCCAGAUCAUGGAUGGAAUCAGCGCUGAGGACUGCAAAGAUCCAAAACCUUCUACAUCUCCACCGACAGAGAUCUUCAUCCUGCAUCCAAAACCUCCCACAACUCCACCGACAGAGAUCCUCAUUAUGCCCAUGGACACCUACUCACAAGAAAACAAUCAGCUUGGCAGCCCAGGAAACAUGCUAAAGACCCUGGACCCGAUCCUCAUCACCAUCAUCGCCAUGUCAGCUCUGGGCGUCUUCCUGGGCGCCAUCUGCGGUGUCGUUCUGUACUGCGCUUGCUCACAGGGCAGCAUGACGGACAGGAACUUAUCUGCCCUUGAAAACUAUAACUUUGAGCUGGUAGAUGGCGUGAAACUAAAGAAGGACAAGAUGAAUGGACAGACUAACUACUCAGAGGCGUGAGUGUGAAAGGGGGACGGAGCUGCAGUUGCUCCGCGCGGACACGUUUGAUGCAGCCAAUCAAGAAAGCGGAACACAGGGCUGAAGCCACCAAUGGGAUGGCAGGGUGGGCUGAAAGUGAGCCGAUGUAAUUUUAUUUCUCAGGAGCAGCAGUGGAAGGGACUCACCUAUAGGGGGCACUGUGUAUAAAGAAUCUGUACAGCAAAAAAACAAAAACAAAAACAAAAAAAGAAGAAAACUAAGGAUUCUAUUUGUUUUUUGGCGUGCUUUGUUGAUUUCAUGUAAUCACAUGCUGGUGUUGAGACCAACUGAGAUGAAAGUAUCUUUGUGUACUUUUAUGAAAAGAUAAGAUCUGUUUUUUUUGUUUGUUUGCUUGUUUGUUUUGGGGGUUUUCUCUUUUUUUUUUCUUCUCCUUUCAGAUGUCAUUGUUUCACAAAACAGGCAGUCUAUUGA